AUGCCCCGGGCGUGGGUGGUCGUUCUCGGGGAUCCCGGGUACACGAUAGAUCUGAUCGGACAGAGGGGGUCCCCAAUCCUAAACGAUCUCCAGGCCCACGUCAAGCACGGCCGCCUGCGCGUCACCUACCUCCCAGAGCCGCCUGCCGCGCUGGCGCGCUGCCCGCGGGCCCUCCGCCUCGUCCUCAAGGCUCUGCACCAGCUCCUCACCCUGGCCUGGCUGACAUUAUUCUCCCUUCCUCGCCCCGACGUCAUCCUGCUCCAGCUCCCUCCCGCAAUUCCCACCAUGGCGGUCCUGCGGGCGGCGGCCCUGCGCCACGGCGCCCGCCUCGUCUUCGACUGGCACAACUACGCUUACACGCUGAUGGGCCUGAGCAUGGGGCCUCGCCACCCCCUGGCAAGCUGUUGUUUGUUUUGGGGGUGGUGA